GUUUCAGGUUAGUAAGCCUUUUAAUGUUACUUCUACACAAUUGUGAGACAGAUUUGUCUUGUUUACUGAUCACUUUGUAAAUUCACAGGAAGACAGAAGGUAGCAAAGAUAUUUCUAUGGCGUGGUUUCAUAGUGCAAUUCAAGGCUCGAACGAGCACAUCGAUUCUGCAAACGGUUCAGGUCGCUUUUGCACUGCCUACAACCGACUCCAGGGACUAACAGAAGUAACUGUACCCGCGAUCACACCCCAUGAAUGGUCCGAUUGCGCCUCAUCCAGCUCCACAGACUUUCCAUCUGCUCCCCAUCACACACCAGGACCCCCCAGUCUAGAGAACCUAUCGUGCAGUCCUUCUACUGGAUCUCAGGAUAAAGAAUCGCUGCCCAUUUCCUACGUGACCUUUCAGGAGCAGCGGUGUGUUCUAAGCUGGUUUCGGGGUUGGAAUGCCACUCAAAGGGAGCGUUUCAUGCAGGACCUACUGGGAAAGGCUGUACCUGGGAAGGUGUGCACCUUGUUAGACUCACUGAGUACUCUUCAGGUGAAGGACAAACUUCCAAAUAUUUUUGAAUGCCAGCUGAGACUUUGGAGUCAGUGGUUUGAGUCUUGGGAAGAAGAAGAAAGGAAUCAUUUUUUACAUCUUUUAGAAGAAAAGGACCCAGUUUUUGUUGCACACUUUUACAAAUGUGUUGCAGGAACAGCUGGAAAAGACUAAUGCCAUAUGUAUUUGGAGUCUUUUGUACAGUAGAAUAAUAAACAAGUUACAUGAUUGCAA